UCCUCUACAUUUGACCCAUCCUAGAAUUAGGAGCAGUGGGCUGCCACACUGAGUAGCGCCCGGGGAGCAUUGGGGGUUGGGUACCAAGUUCCCUUUCCACUUGGCCACGGGCUGUAUUUGACAUGUAUUGUUACUUAUGCAAUUACAGACUUAUAAAAGCUUUGUGAACCAGCUAUUAUGGUUGUGUCGUCAAUGAGAACCUCUGCACAUCGCGCUGUGAUUUUGUCGUUUUAUUUUGAAAGACAGAGGUACUGGAAGUGAUUCCUCAUAGGUGCGGAUGCAAAGAUGGCGGAGGAGGAGAGUCAGUUGGAAGAAUUUGAGCAAAUAGACUUUUUAAGAGAUCGACAUGUUCGGUUCUUCCAGAGAACACUUCAAGUGCUUCCAGAGAGAUACGCCUCACUGGAAACUACCAGGUUAACAAUCAUAUUUUUUGCCCUCUCUGGUCUGGAUGUGCUGGAUGCCCUUGAUGUGAUUGAUAGGAACAUGAUGAUUGAAUGGAUCUACUCACUACAGGUGCUGCCAACAGAGGACCAAUCUAACCUGAGUCGUUGUGGUUUUCGAGGCUCGUCGCAUAUUGGAAUUCCUUACAGCACAAAGGGUCCUGGUGUUCUCCAUCCAUACGACAGUGGUCAUGUGGCCAUGACCUACACUGGCCUGUGCUCGCUGCUCAUACUGGGAGACGACCUCAGCCGAGUUAACAAACGGGCCUGUCUGGCUGGUCUCAGAGCGCUGCAGCUGGAGGACGGCAGUUUCUAUGCAGUGCCAGAAGGAAGUGAAAAUGACAUUCGCUUUAUUUACUGUGCUGCCAGUAUCUGUUACAUGCUGGACGACUGGUCAGGCAUGGACAUCCAGAAGGCCAUAGAGUACAUCAGGGGAAGUUUGUCAUACGACAAUGGGUUUGGUCAGGGAGCUGGGAGAGAGUCACAUGGUGGAUGGACUUAUUGUGCAAUAGCCUCUCUGUGUUUAAUGGGUCGGCUGGACGAGGCACUGAGUCAGACGGAGCUGAACAGGAUACGGCGCUGGUGUAUCAUGAGGCAGCAGAACGGCUUCCACGGGCGCCCAAACAAGCCUGUAGACACAUGCUACUCCUUCUGGGUGGGAGCUACACUAGAGCUGUUAGACGUGUUCCAGUUUACAAACUUUGACAAGAAUAGAAGCUUCAUCCUGUCCACGCAGGAUCGGUUGGUGGGGGGAUUUGCCAAAUGGCCCGACAGCCAUCCAGACCCUCUCCAUGCCUACUUAGGACUGUGUGGUCUGUCUCUGAUCGGGGAGCCCAACCUGAGGAAGGUCCAUCCAGCUCUUAACAUCACCCAGAGAGCCUUUCAGCGCCUACAGCAGCUGCAGCAGACAUGGAGGGACAGCACGGGCAGCUGCAGCAGACAGCACUGACAGCAGGAUGAUCCACACGUCUGCCUCUGAACAGGUUCAGUCAGGAACAUCGAAAAAGGCAACUGGACUUUAAACUUGGUCUUGAAUAUGUUUGGCCUCUCAUACGAGAGGCCUUCCUAUUUCAGGAUUCAUGAUGGUUUUUUAAGACUCUGGUUACACAGUAUUAACGUUGCGGAGCUCAUUUAGCGUUCACUUUCAACCAUAUACACACACACACCACACUCUGCUGCCUUUUUUAUUUGUAACAUUAGUUAAUAACGUGUCGUUUGUGGGAAUAAUAGUAAGUGCCACAAAGUCAAAUUUAAGUCACUUAACUUCCAGAUGCCUUAAAUUUGCCAAAUCUUUAGAUUAUGAUGUUUGUCUGCUGCUUACCCUCAGCAUCAUUGUCAGCAAUAGAAUCUGUUGUAAAAAAUUUCUGUCAAGGAUUAGUACGAAUGACGCAUGGUCACGAGAAACGUCCUUUAAGUUUACAUAUUUGUAAAUCUGAUCAGGGCUUACCACAAAUCUAAAUUACCCAGAGUAACUUCAGACAGUUCUCAUUUAAUGUGAAUCAUAGAGCUAGGUUUUUUAUGAAUAAUGUUCCUAUAUUCUAUGACAAAUGGAUCAAAAUUAAUUUUCAUUUUUGUGCACAAUCUAAUAUGAGCCCAGUGGUCAUUUUGGUGAGAAUCUGAUGAAAAAACGUUAUUCUUUCCUUCAGAUUAACACUCGGACAAAAAAAAAAAAAAACGGUUUAACAUCAAAGUCCUCCAGGUUGUUUCUUUGUCUCUGUCUUGUUUCUUUUCUGCCCUUCUUACGUCUCCAUCCUGAUAUGGCUCUUGAACGUCUUGAAAGCCCUGAGCUCUUAGCUCCCGAAGGUGAUGCCAGCCUGCCGGUUUUUACUCUCCUGUGCGUCCUUAGGUUUCACCACUGCAGGAUUUGUUCAUUGAUCAAGAGAGAUAUGAACUGACAAUACACCUGCUAGAGAAGCCAACCAUCACCCCUGGAGUCACAUCUAUGAUGGCUGGGGCAAUACAAAUAAAAAAAAAAAAACACAUUUAGCUUCAGGUCGUAUCAUGCCAGAUCACAAAAAAACACAGAUAACUCUUCAAAAUUGUUCUAAAUAUAACACAAAAAUGGAUUGGGCCUAAGGGGAAUACGCUAAGAAGGGGGGGGGGGGGUAUUUUAUUCCCUAGAGGUUGUAGCUGUCGGUUUUUGCAGCAGAUGCCGUUCCAACAUCCCCUGACUCCUGCUCUGUGCAAUCCUCCUUCACCAUCCUCCCUUCAAGGCUCCCUCUGGCCUGAAAUCAAUAGUAGAAAAGAUCAAUCAGACAUUGGCGUUGUAACUUUGGGAAAUGUCUGUUAUUCUCAGAACAAUAAAGGUGCAAAGAAUACAAAAACAAAAGAAUAAUGUACAUACUGUAAGUGAAGUCUGGUCCUGAGGUGUUUACCUCCAAUGAGACUUGGGCACAGUGCUCUCAAGUGCCACCCCAUUGUCUGCAGAGAUGCUCAUUUGCAAACGUAAUCAUUUUAAACAGUAAUGAGCCAUCCAAACAAGAUCCUCCUUUUUAUAAAGCUUUUAGUGUAAUCAUGGUGUCCAGUCUGAGUUUGUCUGGUCUUUGUUUCGAUUAGUCAGGGCUUGUUUAUGUCGAAGCAUGUGUGAUGCCUCCAUUCCCAAUUAGCAGUGACCAUCUUUCUGCGCUACAAAAAACCACCUGCUCUUCACUCGCUGAUAAAACGGACGUACAGAGGCUACAAUUGUUAGUCCAGUCUACCCUCAGUAUGGCUGUGCUAUUCAAUUGUACUGGUUUCUUUUGUCCAGCGGCUGCUUUCACUAAGUGAAACCUGUGAACUAUAGGUAUCGCCUCAUUGAGGAGAGAAAAAAAGAAAGUUGUGGCCACGGAAGCAUUCAUUUUGGCCCAAGCUGCUGCUGAUACUACUGACACCUGGCAGUGAAUAUCCUAAAUAAAGUUAAGACCUACAAGCUCCCCUCUUGCCUUUAUAAAUUGGUGCUCUACUUCCCAGCAAGAAACUUAACCAGCUUCAGAUUCCUCCAGCUCCCUGUGACAUCCUGUCAUUAUAACACCUUUACCACAGCUAACACCUGCACCCUGCGAGUUAAAGCGGGGUGCAAGUGUUAUCGCAGCAUUUUUUUUAAAGAAAUACUCUGUCUGCAAUAUUGUAUCCUGUGGGAGUUUGCUGUGUUUAGCCCAAUAUCUGACUUGAUAUUAAGAGUGUAACACCUUGAUGUUCUCCAGCUCCCACCUGACCUGGUCUAUUUUCCCGCUAAGUUGCCCUCCUUUUCAGACUUGAAACCAGACCAGGAGGUCAGAGGAAAGCAGAGAAGAAGAAAAGAAACAGAGGGAGGCACAGUGAAUAAAUAAAUUAUUUGGCCCAUCUAUUAUUAAGAGUAAACUGUCGGAGGCUAGAGUCUCCUCUCUGAUCCCUAACCAGACCUCCGAUGAUCCGAAGCCUUUGUUUUGUUUAUCGUUUUAUUUAAAGACAUUGUUUUUCUUGAGAUAAUAGGUUUUCUCUCCAGUGACUCUCACUGAACACAAUAUUUUAUUUUAACAAACAUUUUGUUAUCACAAAAUCACCACCCUUCCCCUCAGAAAGAUAAAGCCAAGACAUUCAUGCUGCUGCUAAACUCAGAGUUAUUUAUCAUAGGAUAGUCUGGUGAUAGUCAGAUCUAUUGAACUUGAACAAUACAGGCUAAAUCAUAUGGCAGGACCACUCGCUCAGACUUGACUCGUGUGCCUUGUGUAGUAGCGUUGUUUGGGGUCAUUGCUCCCUAGAUGAACUCAAACCUCUACAUAUACGGCUUGCUUCAUUUGAGUGUAGCAGUGGCUAUGAUGAGUAGUCUGAAUAUUAUUGUUCCUCAGAGAGGAAAGUGAGGAAAGAUACAUUUAUUAAGGAAGUGGAAACAUCUACUUUUAAAGUCCCAACUUCACUCGGGCACUAAGAGCUGACUGGUAGAAGUCAUUUUUACCAGAAUCUCACUCCACCACUUCCACGUCUGAUCGAUAACGUAAUUCCGGCAAGGAGGCAAAAAUAAGGAAUUGUGGCAGAACUCAUAAAUGCAUACUCGUCUUUAAAGGGAUGAAACACUGGACGGAUGGAUCUGAAACUUGCCGCAGACGAAAGGCUGCGUCUCAGCACUUGUUCUGUUAUGUCUCCUUUUUGGCUGUGUCUCACUGCAGUCCGUGCUCACGUGCCCCACAGCAUGAAAACAGGGGACGGAGGCUUAAUGCCCCAGUGAAGGCUGCAGUGCAGCUGUUUGGAGGGGAUCAGCGAUGUGAAAGGAUUGUUAACUCAAAAAAUGGCACACAUGUGGCCCAUCGCUUCAUCGCCACCCAAUACACCCACUGCAAGAAUAAAUAAUGUAACAAAAGGAAAAAAAAAAAAAUAUGUAAUUGAAUUUAUUUUUUCUAUGCUGUGUAGAAACAUUGAGUGUAGAUACGUGUGUCUAUGAAUGUGUCUCCUCUGUCGUGCAAGUGCUCAAGAUGAUGAAAAAAAUAAUGUUUACAACUGAAUCGUUUUGGAAUUGGACAUGCAAAUAUUUGUACAGUAUGUGAUGUAUUAUAGUAUUCCAGGGCCGUGACAUCUCCAGCUUUGCAGUGUAUUUAUGUCGAAUAAAACACAUACUAACGUU